AUGGAGAUGGAAUCAAACUACUUCAGCAACUAUCCACCGCCCAAAGCGCUGCCACGACAUGAAGCGCUCGCCCGCGCGUUCAUCGAGCUCCAGCUCGAGCACAAGCGGAGAGUGGUCCUAGUGACGAGCGGGGGGACCACAGUUCCGCUCGAAAACCAAACAGUCCGAUUCAUCGACAACUUCUCGGCUGGCACUCGAGGCGCCGCCUCCGCGGAGCAAUUCCUCGAAAACGGCUAUGCAGUCAUCUUCCUGCACCGGCAGUUCUCGCUGCUGCCCUACUCCAGACACUACAGCCACUCGACCAACUGCUUCCUCGACUUUAUGGACGAAGAUGCCACGACCUCCUCCAUCGUCGUGCGCAGCGAAUACCAGCACGCCAUGCGCGACGUGCUGCGGAAAUACCGCUACGCGAAGCAGAAUAACCUACUGCUUGUGCUCCCCUUCACCACGGUGACGGAGUACAUAUUCGAGUUGCGCGCGAUGGCGAACCUGAUGAAGCCCCUAGGCGCGAAUGCAUUGUUCUAUCUCGCGGCGGCCGUGAGCGAUUUCUUCAUUCCGCGCGACCGAAUGGCCGAGCACAAGAUCCAGUCCUCUGAAAUCCCGUCGGACAUAGCCAAGAAACAUGACCAACCCAUCCAAGACGACGACGUGUACACCGGCUACAACGAGUCGGAAGAACAGCAGCAGCAACCAAACAAGUCUAAGAAACUCAUUGUCGACCUCGACCCAGUCCCCAAGUUCCUGCACCGGCUGGUCGACGGCUGGGCGCCAGAGGGCAGCAUGAUCGUCUCGUUCAAGCUAGAGACAGACCCGAACCUGCUCGUGUACAAGGCGCGCGCCUCUCUGCAGCGGUACGCGCAUCACCUCGUGAUUGGGAACCUGCUCUCGACGCGCAAGUGGGAAGUCGUCUUUGUCACGCCUGAGCCGCCGCAUGAGCGCUGGAUACGCGUGCCCAAGUCCAAGAGGAGCAAGUCUAUAUCCGGCGAGCAGAAUCAGAUUGGGCUUGCCGAGGGAAGCAGAAACAAGCAGAAAGAAGAGAAAGAGGAAGAGCAGGCCGGACAAGAUCUUGAUACCGAUCUUGAAAUUGAGUGCAUGAUAAUCCCGAAGCUGGUGCAGUUGCAUACGAAGAGGAUUGAGUUGGUGAAAUAA